ACAUAUGCCCCUGUUGAGCAUACUUUUAGAACAGUUCUGUUGAAAUAAACCAGAAGCUUAGUCAUAGAAGGUCAAGGGAAGGAGUUCCUUCUGAUUGGUAUUCUUCAAGUUUAAUGAACAAGGCAGCAGCAAUAAGAGGUAUCCUACUUUUCGCUUUGAUCCUCACAAGCAAGGAAAAGAUUCCUUAUUGGCAGACAAUGCAGAAGCUCUGAGAGCUUAAGAUGGAGAGAUCAGAGCACCAUCUCAUGUCCAACCUUUUCCUAGUCCUUGUAGCCACAGCAGUAUGUAUUCAUGGUGACAAUCAAACAGCUCCCUUCCAUGUAGGUGUGCUCCUUGACUUGGACACACUGGUAGGGAAGAUGGGCUGGAUAAGUAUCUUGAUGGCAAUUGAUGACUUCUAUGACUUACACAGAAACUAUACUACGAGGGUGGUUCUCCAUGCCAGGGAUACCAACAAUGACAUCGUGCAAGCUGCAGCCUCAGCUAUCGACUUGUUGGAGAACUCAAAAGUGAAAGCCAUUAUAGGUCCCCAGAAAUCAUCACAGGCCAUCUUCCUAUCUGAGCUUGCUGACAAGUCUCAGGUCCCCCUCCUCUCCUUCUCAGCAACAAGCCCCUCCCUCUCGUACAUACAUACGCCUUACCUGAUAUGCACAAUGCUUAAUGACUCCUCCCAGGUGAAUGGGCCUCUUUCGUCCAUCAUUGAGGCCUUCGGGUGGAAGGAAGUGGUCCCUAUUUAUGAAGACACCGAAUAUGGGAGGGGAAUUCUGCCUUACCUUAUUGACACAUUUCAAGGGAUGGGCACGUCUAUAGCAUACCGCAGUCUGAUCUCUCUUUUGCUCACCGACGAUCAGAUCAUGAAAGAGCUCUACAAAUUGAUGACAAUGGAGGCACGAGUAUUUAUCGUGCACAUGACACCCCCAAUAGGGGCUCGUUUCUUCGCAAAGGCAGAAGAGGUUGGAAUGAUGAGCAAAGGGUAUGCAUGGAUAAUGACCAGCGGGCUCUCAAAUAUUGUGGACUCACUUGAUCAAUCAGUCAUCCAAUCAAUGCAAGGUUCUCUGGGUAUGAAGCUAUAUGUUCCAAAAUCAAAGGAAAUUAAUGAAUUUUCUGCCCGGUGGAAGAGAAGAUUCCAACAGGAGAACCCACUGGAUCAACCUGCUGUGCCAAGCAUCUUCGAAUUCCGUGCAUAUGAUACGGCUUGGGCAUUAGCAAUUGCAGCAGAGAAGGUUGGAGUUGAAAAGACUCACCUUCAAAAGUCACUGAGUAAUAGUAGCUCCACGAGCCUGGACACAUUAAGUUCGUCGACAAAUGGUCCAAAACUUCUUGAAGCAAUCUUGAAUUGCAGAUUUGGAGGACUCAGUGGCCAAUUCCAUCUCUUAGGCAGGGAAUUACAAUCUUCUACAUUCAAAAUAAUCAAUAUCGUUGGGAAAGGAGAGAGACAACUUGGAUUCUGGACCCCAAAAUACGGGAUAUCAAGAAAGCUGAACCCAAGUAUAAAGGAGACUUACUCAACUGCAAUCGACAAUCUGAAUCCCAUAAUCUGGCCGGGGGAGACCAGUAUAGUGCCAAAGGGUUGGCAAACUCCAGUUAGUGGGAAGAAGCUAAGGAUCGGUGUUCCUAUAAAAGAUGAUUUCCAGGAAUUCGUGAAGGUGGAAAAGGAUCCUAUCACCAAUGCAAUAACAGUGACUGGAUUCAGCAUAGAUGUCUUUGAGGCUGUAGUACAAUCUUUGCCUUAUGCCAUCUCUUAUGAUUAUAUUCCAUUUGCAGAUGUACAAGGGAAGAGUGCUGGAAGUUAUGAUGAUCUUGUGUACCAAGUUCAUCUACAGAAUUAUGAUGCUGUGGUAGGUGAUGUGGCCAUCAUCGCGAACAGAUCUAUGUAUGUGGAUUUCACACUACCCUACACUGAGACAGGAGUAGCAAUGCUUGUCCCGGUCAAAGAAAAUAUAAACAAGUGCUCUUGGAUAUUUUUGAAGCCAUUGACUUGGGACCUUUGGUUGGCUAGCUUCGCCUUCUUUCUUUUCACAGGGUUUGUUGUAUGGGUGAUGGAACAUCGAAUCAACAAUGAAUUCAGGGGUCCAUUUUCUCAACAGAUUGGAACUGUUCUGUAUUUCGCCUUCUCAAUGCUUGUCUUUGCCCACAGGGAAAAGAUCAAGAAUGUUUUGUCAAGGCUAGUAGUGAUCAUAUGGUUAUUUGCAGUGCUUAUACUGACAUCAAGUUAUACUGCUAACUUAAGCUCAAUGCUGACAGUUGAACAACAGCAGCCAAUAGUAAGUGAUGUGAACCAACUCAAAAUGAGUGGAGACUAUAUUGGAUACCAAAAGGGAACCUUUGAGGAAGGAUUGCUUAAGCAACACCAAUUUGACGAGAGGAAAAUGAGGUCUUAUAAUAAUCCUGAUGAAUACGCUGAGGCACUCUCUAAAGGAAGCAAAAACGGAGGGGUUGCUGCAAUUUUCCAUGGAAUCCCAUAUAUCAAGCUGUUCCUUGCAAAACAUUGUACCGGCUACACAAUGGUUGGGCCAGUUUACAAGGCAGGAGGAAUGGGAUUUGUAUUUCCUAAAGGAUCUCCUCUACUCCCUGACAUCUCAAGAGGGAUCCUAAAUGUCACAGAGGGAGAUAUCAUGGUUGAAAUUGAGAAAAAGUGGUUUGGCGAGCAAGUGUGUCUAAAUGAAGGAAACACUGUCAGCUCUAAUAACCUCACGUUUCAUAGCUUCUCAGGAGUAUUUCUUAUCACUGGGACAGCUUCAGCCAGUAUCCUCUUUAUAUUCUUGACACAGUUUUUCUACAAGAACUGGAACGAACUGAAAAUAGUUGGUCAGAACAAGUCUAUUUGGCAGACACUGAAUGCAUCUUUCAAAUUCUACAACAAGAAAGACGCAAGUUUUUAUAUAUUCAAUACAGACAAAAUUGUAGAUGAGGACAGCACAGUCAGAGUAAAUGGCAAGCAAGGUUCCAGCAUUACAUUCUCAGAAAGCGUUGAUAACAUAGAUGACACAUCAAGCUUUUCCUACUCGCCAGAUGUAAACUCUUCCUUCCAAAGAAGAAAUACCCCCUACAGAAUUGGUAAUUUCACCAACACAAGAACAGUCAGUGGAGGCGAUCGCCUAGGUAAUGUAGAGACCAGUCCACAUUUGUAACCUCACAAAUAGCUAAGUUUUUAUAUUACUCAUCUCAAACACCUCAGCUACUAAUUCUUCUCUUAAAUGAAAGUCUAAAAAAUAGUUUUAAGUAUUGUAACUGUUGACAUGCACGUGAAUAUUCAUGAACUGUAACUAUGAUAGCAACUGUUGGAUUGCUAUGGUUGGAUAUUUCUAUGUCAGUCUAACUGGUUGUCGUCUUAGCUUCUCUUAUGUAUAUCAAAUUGA